CAAUCAUAUCAUACAUGAAUAAUUAAAGAUUGGUCAAUUUAAAGUUGACUCAUUAUCAUAAUUCAGUAUCAAUGUUGUGAAUUGUAUAUAUAACGAUAUUACCAAUUUACCACUACUUGCUCUUUAUGCAUAUUAAUAAAAUAUAAUUACAAGAUAAAAUGCUAAAUUACGUCAAAAGAAUCUGAAUCCGAUUAUAUUAACAUAUUAUAAUAAAUAUAUAAUUCGAAUAAUCUAUAGAAAACAACAAAGUAUCAGUUCUAUGUAACCAAAUCUAAUCUUGCUGAUUUUCGCAUUAACUAAAUCAAAAUUUACUAAUUAAUUAAUUAAUUACGAUUAUUUUGUUAAUUCAGUAGCAAAAAUUGCCUUGAACGGAUGACGUAAUCCAGAGCAAUUUAAAGUUUAAUCCAAAAGAAAAACUAUAAAAUCCACCAAAAUCGCAAAUGUGUGUAUGUUCAUGAUUCGAAACUCAGCAAAAUUGAAAUUAAAAAAAAAAAAAUUAAAAAUUAAAAAAAUUCGGAGAUGGUGAAUUCGAGGUGGACCUGGGAAGAAAACAAGCAAUUCGAAGACGGACUGGUGGAAUUCGCCGGCGAUUGCCCCAACCGGUGGGAGAGGAUCGCGGCCAGAAUCGCGACGAAGACGGCGGCGGAAGUCGAGCAGCACUUCGCCGUGUUGCUGGAUGACGUGGCGGCGAUUGAAUCGGGUGUGAUUGAGUUGCCGGAAUACGACGAGAGUGACGGAUUCCGAUCGCCGGAGUCUCGGAAAAGCCCUAACAGAUCGGAGAAGAAGCAGGUAGCGCCGCAGAGAAAGGUAGCUAGACCCUGGACCGAAGACGAACAUAGGUUAUUUUUAAUUGGAUUGGAGAAAUACGGAAAAGGGGAUUGGAAGAGCAUUUCGAGAUUUAUGGUCAAGAGUCGAACUGCGGCCCAAGUGGCGAGCCAUGCUCAAAAGUACUACGCGCGCCAAGAAAAAGAGGAGGAAAAUAAGAAAAGACGAAGCAUUUUCGAUAAUACAAUUGCAGAAACUAGUUCUUCCCUAGCUUCGAACUUGUGUCGUUGAUUCUCGAUUUUUUUCGACAUAGCUACAUUGAUGUAUACUUAAUCGGAUGUAGCAUAGAUGAAACCGUAAAUACGUAGCUCCUUCGUGAUAUUCGAUGCUAAUUAUCAGCAAUAUUAUCUCAUUUAUUCUAGAUCAAA